GAUACUGAGAGUAUAGAGAAAUGCUUUCUUUGACGUGUUUGUAAUGAAUGUGUACAGAACAACAUAAUUUCUGAUAUUAAAGUGAGAAAAACAUUGACUUGAAGAGUCAGCUCAACUGCUUACUUAAUUUUCACUCGUCAGAAGUGUUUAAGGAUCGUGGAUGAGUUGCAGAAACGAGACGGACCGCGAACUGCGGAUCCAUGAGCGCCCAUGUACCGCAGACACAAGCGGAACUCACGCGCUGAAGCUGCUGCGUCUGAAGCGCUCGCUCACGUUUAUGCGGAGUAAGAGUGUGGAGAACUUCUUUCAGCGCUCUCAGAAUGAUACCUGUCUGCAAUCAGAACUCUUUUCUGGUGCCCUGCCUACAUCCCCAUCCCUGUUUACUGGGUCUGCAUGCCCCAGUAACAGUGCUGCUGCACCCUCACCCUGCAUCAGCUUCAAUCCCCCCUCAGGCCCGGCCUCCACUUCCCUGCAGCUGCGGCCACCACUCAUGCACUGCUUCUUGGAGCAUGUGUUCCGUCGACCAACCAGCUGUCAUCUGUGCAAAAACAUUAUUGUCGGCAACUCUAAACAGGGACUGCGCUGUAAAACAUGUAAGAUGGGAGUUCAUCUUUGGUGCCUCUCUGAACUCUCACAACAGCCAUGUCUAGGCAAGUCUGGUAUGUUCAAAAGAAACGUGAGCUCACCUUUGCUGACCAAUGAUCAAAUAUGUGUGGUUAACACACAAGGGUCAAGAGUUCAGGUUGAUCCAGUGUACGCUACACUGCGCUUUGGAACCUCUCUCUCCCAGACCGGCCAAUCCAGUUUUGGUAGUUUUUGUGAAUCUCCAACCCAAAGCCUGGAUGAAGAAGAAACUCAGCAGAAGAAUGACAUUGUGUCUGAGGAGGAGAAACUGACUGAAAACACAGAGAACUAUGUGUGUGUUCCUGAGAAUGUGAACUCUGAGCUGGAGGAGAUAUCAAAGGUUCCUAAAGUUCACUCUUUUCAUACCUAUGUUGCGCUUUACAAGUUCCUCCCUCAAGAGCAAAAUGACCUUGAAUUACAUCCAGGUGACAGAGUUCAGGUGAUUGAUGAUUCUAAUGAAGAGUGGUGGAAGGGUAAAUGUGGUGAUAGAGUUGGAUUCUUCCCAGCUAAUUUUGUGCAGCGAGUGCGCCCAGGUGAGAGAGUCUGGAAGGUGAUGCAAGGUGUCCAUGGCAACAAAGAGCUGGGUCACAUGACUGUUAAAGAGGCUCAGAUAUGUGUUGGUAAGAGUGAAGACACAGAUGGCUUUCUGAAGGUGAGCAGUGGUAAGAAGAGAGGUCUGGUGCCGAGUGACUCACUGGAGGAGAUAUAACACACCAGAGAGAGAUGCACCGCUCCAGUGCCAUUUUAUUAAUUUCAACAUCUCUUAGAAGAUGCAUUUACCACAUAGAAACCUUUGGUAACACAUGAUUUGUUUAAGCCGGUGCCACACUUGCAGACUCCAAUCAACUCGAUCUUGGCUGAGGAUGCAUUGCUGAAAUCUUACUCUCUUCAGUGUUGGUAUGACACACUUUCCUACUAAGCAUGGUGGAGGUGUGACAGAUAUACUGACUCACCACAAUUCUCUCUCUCUGAUUCCCUGUCACGUGGAGCUCGCCAAAAUAACAAAAUGAGUACCGCAUGAACAUAAGUUAUUGUAAUAGAGAUUUAGAAUUUAAUUAAUGGAGUACCUUUACCUUGUGAAUGUGUGUGAUUGUGUGUUUAUCCCCACCAGGCUUGCCGAAGAUUGUGUGUGUCUAAAUGCAGCUUUCAGUGAAUAAAUAAUGAC